AUGGAAGAUCAGCAUCCUCUUGAGCUCAUCGAUUUUUCUGAUGUUUUACAGUCUCACCCAGAAUACGAACCUUAUAUUGAAGACCAAAAACGUGAAGCCAAAGAGCGAAAUGAUCCUCUAUUAGAGCCAAAACCAUUAUUUGAGCUUCGAUGGACAAACCGAGUGAUUGUGGAUAAUCUCCCAGAAGUCACAGCUGAAAAAGAAGAGCUUUUAAUAAAGGUUCUUGUAAAAGUUAUUAGUAAGGCUGUCGUUCCUAUUGAACCAAGUGCAGUUUAUAUGCCUAUGGUUGACGGAAAAAGCCAAUGUUUUGCAUUCGUCACAUUUCCUGAUGAAGAAUUAGCAAAAACUGCAGUAGUCAAAUGCAAUGGCUUGGCAUUUGAUAAAAAACACUCACUUACAGUCGUGUCUUUUGAUGAGUUUGAUAGGCUUAUGGACACUCCUGCAGAAUAUGUGGAGCCUAAUUUUUUUUAUUAUUUUUUUAAUUUUUUUUUUAAUUUUAAUUUGUUUUAAUUUUUUUUCCAAUUUUUUUUUUAAUUUUGUUCCAAUUUUUUUUUAAUUUUGUUUUUAAAAUUUUUUUUAAUUAUUUUUAAAUUUUGAAAAAAAAAAAUUUAAACAAUUUUUUUUAUUUCUGGAGCCUCGAGUUUUUACACAAAAAGAGCUUAAAAGCUGACUCACAGAUUAUAGAUCACGUGACCAAUUUGUAAUCCGCCAUGAGGAAUCAACAAAAGUGUUUUGGAAUGACUCAAUUUCGUUGAACCCUGAGCUAGUCACUGCUGGCCCAUCAGAUAAAGUAUGGACUGAUAAAUAUGUAAAAUGGUCAACCCAAGGCACAUAUCUUGCAACUUUGCAUCAGCGUGGAAUUGUACUUUGGGGUGGGCCAAAAUUCGAAGAAAUUAUGAGACUUUCUCAUUAUGGUGUAAGCCAAAUUGAAUUUUCCCCAUGUGAGCGAUAUUUAAUGACUUACUCCCCAGGCGCAGCUGGACAAUUUAUUAUGUGGAGUUUAGAAAAAGGGGAAGAAAUCAGGACUUUUCAAGCCAAUGAUGAGCCUUGGGGAACUUAUAUGUAUAGCUAUAAUGGAGAAUUUGUAGCGAAAAAAGGAAAUGAAAUGAUAAGUGUUUACAAUUCAGAAACAAUGGCUAUGAUUGGUAGAGGGUUAUUAUUAAAUUUAGUCCUAUAUUGAGAGGGUGCAUUCUAAUUAAUUUUUUUAAAAAAAAAUCAGGAGCCAUGAUUGAAGACAAUGACGGUAAAAAGGCACCAAUUCCGAUACCCCAAUUAGCUGAAUUUUCAUGGAGCAGCGGAGAUAAUGUGAUAUGCCUUCAUAUAAGAGAAAGUGAAGCCAAGCCUGCACAAGUGAGACUUUUGGCUAUUCCUAGCAGGGAAUUAAUUGCUACAAGAAUGGUGUAUGAAGCCCUUGGGUUUUACUCAUUUUGGAAUAAUAAUGGUGAAUUUUUAAUAUCAGUUGUGACUACAAAGCACAGAAACAAUCCAAAGCCUAAAAACAGUAUUAUUGAAAUAUUUUAUGUAAAAAAGAGAGGAAUCCCAGUAGAAUCCCUUUCCUUAGAUUUUGUGGUUAGCACUUUUUCUUGGGAGCCAAACCGAAAUCGUUUCGCUUUAAUUUACGCUGGAGCUCAUUCUUCAAAAACUCUGGUUGUCUAUGAAGUUGACUCAGAAAAGAUCGAAACCAAAAAGAUUGACCAAUGCGAUACAAAAUGUUCAGCAAUUGCAUGGGCACCCCAAGGUGGGCACUUAGUCACCUAUAGUUUUGCAGCUAAAAAUAAUACUGAAGGAAGAGUUGAGUUUUUCUGUGUGAAAAAUCAAACUUUAUAUCAAAUAGAAGAAAGAGUUCACAUGAAUAUGAACUUUUUAGAAUGGGAUCCCAGUGGAAGAUAUUUAUCUGUAGGAAGCUUGCAAGGGAUUACGCAAAGAGCCACACAGCAGCAGGGGUCAGGGUAUUUAAUUUUUAAUUGCCAAGGGUCUGAUAUCACUCACGCUGCUUUGGAAAAGUUUUAUCAAUUUUCUUGGAGACUAAGACCGAAAUCAAUUUUAGACCCUAAAAUUUAUGAUAAAAUUGAAAAUCAAUUAGAUGAGCUUGCAGCAAAAUAUGAAGAGGAAGACAAACAAGUAAAAAGAGCUGCCAGAGAAGCCCAAAAGGAAAAAGAAGCAAAAAUGAAAGAUGAAUUCUUUGCUCAAGUGAAUCUUUAUAGAGAAAAGUGGGCUAACACUCAUAAUGAAAGAGCUCAACUGCUGAAGAGAACUGAUGAGGAGGAGAAAGGCAGGUGGAUUCAAAAAGUUGAGCCAGUUGAAGAAAUUCUGUCUGUUAAGAAAGAAAUUUUAACUUAA